UUAGUCAAGUUUAAUUUUGGAUUUUGUUGGUAAGUUUUUCUCUGUCUUUGCCUUUUAUCCAUCAGCGAAUUUAAUUAAUUUUAAUUGAUUAAACUCUAAUUACUAACAAUCAUUUAAUCUGAAGCAUUAGUUAUCGAUGGAUUCAAAUGAUAAUCUUUCUAGAGAUUGGAUGGUGAACCGAAAUGUAAUCAAAUUACUUAUUGAUUAAACCCAAGUUUUGUGAAUUUAUUAUUAUUUUGUUUUCAACGUAUUUGUUUCAUCACAUGCAAAAGAUAAAUUAUAUUAAUUAAUUGAUUAAUUAAAUAGUUUGUUAUACAUUAUUUUUUUGUGAGGUGAAAGGGGUUACGAUGAAAGGGAAAAUUCAAAUUUGCUGGUUAUUGGAAAUUGAUGAUGUUGAUUGUUGAUAAUCUCAGUCGAUAUGGUAAAUCAACAAUAAAACCAAAAAAAGAACUUCAAGGCCAAAAGAGAAUAAAAAUUAUUCUCUUUUGAGAACAUUAUCUCUUGUGUAAUAGUGAUUACAUUUCUUUGUCAUUACCAUUUCAUCAGAAGAUGAACAUUUUAAACAGAAUUAAUCAUAACCACAAGUAGUUAUCUUCUUGUUUCCAUUCUCAUAAUCACAAUUAUCAUCAUGAUCAAGUGAAAAUUCUACUGUUUUUUUUUCUCUUUUUUCAUUUUGUUCUCUUUUUCCAUUUUCUUUUCUCUCUCUCUCUCUCAGUCUCACUCAUUUCCUUCGUUCUACUUUCAUUACCCUCCAUUCACCUAAUGUACUGAUCAUGUCUUUUUCCACUUACAGAUCCUUUCAAUUCGCCUGUCAAUUGCUUAUUUAUUGUACUACAGCAUUUGGAUUGUAACAUUCACACACCAUACACCAUAUUUACCACCACACACCCACCUCUUCACUCUCUCUCUCUCUCUCUCUCUCUCUCUCUCUCUCUCCUUUUCUCUGUCUAUUACACAUCUGAUUGUGAAAGGAAAGAAAAAGAAAGAGGAAAACUGACUCACAAAUCUCACUUGCAUUCACCAUGUUGAUUAUUUAUCUUGGUUAAUUGAUCUUCGCUGUUAUUUGGAAUAUUGUUUUCUCUACAAUCAUGGUUACUUCAUUUGGAUCGAUUGGUUGAACAUAAUUGUUGAUUUUAAAUUAAUCAAUGGUCAAUAUUAAUUCUCAUUCUCUUGUGUCUCUCCGAUGUCUUUGAUUGUGAUUAUUGUUCCAAUACAUUUAUAAUUUUCUCUCUCAAUUGUGAUGGAGGUUCUUUUUACUCCUGAUUAUUUCAUCUUCAGACGAGGUGACACUAGUCUAUGGUUCAAACGUGCUAAUAAUUACGAUACAAAGGCAAUACUCAAAUCAGGUUAUGAUUUCAAUCAACUAUCCAAUUUCACUUGCCUUGGAUUGGCUCAUGGAUUAAUUGGUAAAUUUGGUCAUGAUAAUUUAAUUAUUAUUCGUCAAAAUCAAUGUGUUGGAAUAAUUCCCGGGGUUAAAGGAUCGGAACAUGAAGUGUACCGUGUUAAAAGAAUUGCAAUAAUCCAAUUAAACGAUGUAGAUCCAGUUCCAAGUGAGAUAUGCCUUGAACCGUGUACCCUUCAUGAUAAUAAUCCAUUGACUGGAAUCCCGAGUACCCUUGAAACUAGUUGUACUUCUAUAGAUGAUGGAAUUGAAAAUCAAUCAUCUGCAGCUAAUCUCAGUCAUUCUCCAAGUUCUGGUGCUAUUGGUGCAGCUUCUAACACCGGCGUUGGUGGAAAUAACACCGGAGCUGCUCUUAAAACAUGGAAUUCAAUUAAAAGCGCAACAUCUUCCGUUAAAUCAGGAGGUAAUCUGAACAAAAGUCCUCGCGGUAGUUUUGCUCCGGGUAAAGAAAAAGGUGAACGACGGCUAAUCAAUGAAGUUCUUAAAAUGUUCAACAAUACAGACUCAUUUUACUAUUCACCAACCGGCGAUAUUUCAAAUAGUAUUCAAAUGAAACACGUUAAAGCCGAAGGUGAUAAACAAGAAACACCAGAGACAACUACUCCCACUCCCGCCGAGAUUAUCAAUGAUUCGACUACUUCUGCCACCACCUCCAUUGAUGAGAAGGAUAAAAAUCACCUUUGGGAUGAAUUUGAUAGUAGAUUUAUUUGGAAUCGUUUCAUGAUUGAUUCAUUAAUUGCCGAGUGUGAACCAAAUAUUAUCCAGUUACCUGAUCUCAAUUUUUGGAUCGUUCCAGUGAUUCAAGGAUUUUUUCAAAGUGAAACUUGUUACAUUGAUGGUGACAAAUCAGACGACAGUGAUUUAGAAUUUCGAGAAUAUCAAAUGAUAUUAAUCUCACGCAGAUCAAGAUUUCGAGCCGGAACUCGAUAUAAAAGACGAGGUUUAGAUGAGGACGGGAACUGUGCAAAUUAUGUAGAAACAGAACAAAUCUUUAGGUACGGAACUCAUGUGGUCUCUUUUGUUCAAGUUCGAGGGUCAGUACCAAUAUUCUGGAGCCAACCUGGACACGCUUAUCGUCCACCACCUCGACUUGAUCGAUCAGAAGACGAGACCCAGAAAGCAUUUGAAACCCAUUUUCAGAAAGAGUUUAAAAUUUAUGGCCGAGAAGUGAUUAUCAACCUGAUUGAACGUUGGGGCCGUGAACGAGUUGUCGGUGAAUCUUAUUUGAAUCAUACGAUUAAUUUUGAUUCACCUCAAUUAACUUACGUUUCUUUUGAUUUCCAUGAAAGAUGUCGUGGAAUGAAAUUUGAAAAUGUUUCAAUUCUAAUUUCGAGUAUCAAAGAUAUAAUUCGAGAUAUGAAAUACUGUUGGAUUGAUGAUCAGGGUGUAAUCCAGUUCCAAGAUGGUGUAUUUAGAGUUAAUUGUAUUGAUUGUCUUGAUCGGACAAAUAUCGCACAAACUGCCAUUGCUCGUACCGUUAUGGAUACUCAGUUCUCAAAACUUGGUGUCUUAUGUCCAGAUAGUGAGCUACCUGCCAAUUGUCGUCGUAUUUUUCAAAUAAUGUGGGCCAAUAACGGUGAUUCAAUCAGUCGACAAUAUGCCGGUACCAAUGCCCUUAAAGGUGAUUACACUCGAACUGGUGAAAGACGAUUUGCCGGUAUGGUUAAAGAUAGUUACAAUUCUGCAUCAAGAUACUUACAGAAUCGUUUCAAAGAUGCUUAUCGACAAGCAGCUAUUGAUACAAUGCAGGGUAACCCGAUAAGUGAUACUGACCUUCGAAGUCCAGAUAGUGAGAAUGUUUAUGGUGAUGACGAGGACGAGGAAGACAUUGAACAUCAUGAAAGAGUUAAACAAGUAAUCGAAGAUUGUAAGAAAAUACUUAUACCCGAAAAUGAGGUUAUUUUAGGCGGAUGGCCAUUAAUCGAUGCCGAACCCUCAAACUCUGAAAGUUCAAAUCAAUCGUCCAUGGAAAUGGACACUGUAUUAAUAUUAACCAAAGAUUGCUACUAUGUAGCAGAAUAUGAUGAUCAAACUGAUAGAAUUACAAAGUACCAAAAAGUAUUAUUAGAAGAUUUAGAGAAGAUCGAAUUUGGACCCGAACCUGGUGCUCAGCUUCUCUUUUCAUCUCUUUCCUCGAAAUUACAGAAACAAAGCUACUGUAUUCGAUUCCAAUACCUAAUCAAUGGUCAGAGUGGUUAUUUCCACAUGUUUCGACCAACAAACACCCGAUUCUUCAAUAACAUGGCAAUACCAGUGAGAACAUCUCAAGAAUCAAUUGACUCCCUCAAAGCAAUUUGCGAAUCAUUUAAAGUUGCUCUUUGUGUUAAAUCGUUAAAUGUUCCACUUUACGAAGGUCGAUUAGAAAAAAGAAAAAGUAAAACUGUUUCGUUUUCAAGUAAACAGCCCACAAUCCACGGGAAUUUACAACCUCGAAAGGUGCGACACUAUACACAUUCCUCUUCGAUUUCAAAAGGAUCUUCUAGUUUAUUGCCUCGAAAUAUUUCAGAUGGUAAUUUGUUGAACUUGAAAAACGUUGGCUCUCGAGCUUUGAAUAAUGUAUCUUGUCAAUUGGCUCGUUUCAAGGGUAAAUUAACUGGUAACGCACGAAGUAAUCCCCAUCUUGCCCUGGGUACAGUUAGUGAGCAGCGUCUUGAGUCAAUUCAAUCGUUUGGUGGAGUAGCUACUUCAAUCGCUUCCUCAGAGGAAGAUAUUUAUGAUGAUGAAUGGGAAGGAGCGGUCACAACAGGCGAUAUAUCCGAGGACGAAUCACUUAGAAAAUCUAAUCGAACCAAUCGAUUGAUUCGAGAUCAACAAGCAAGUAUUGCCUCGAAUGCAUCAUCUGUCUUCCUCACCGAACGGACACUUUCCUCUGACUACUCUGAAUGCAGUGAUUUGGAAGAUACCGAUGACGCUGUUUUAAGCUCAUUGUGUGAGGAGCCUCGAUCACUACCUUAUAAAAGUGCGGCCGCUCUUUCAUUGGCUGGAAACGACACUCUACUCGAAAGCUGUGGUAUACUAACUAUUAGUCCUCCCUUGAAACCUGAUUACGAUGAACAUGGUAACCUCGAUGAGACCACUAAGCACAGAGGCAGAAAUCGUAAAUCACUUUUGAAAGAUGUUGACGAUUUUGUUAUCGACGCUAUGAACAAAGCUGGACUCAAACAGCUUCAUCGUAAAGCAUCAGAAAGUUUGACAUCUCUCCCGUUGAGAGGCAAAUAUCCUUCACUUUCAUUAUCUUCGACAUCAACUCAACUGCACCAAACUCGAGCACCACAAAUUGAAAUCUCAGACUCGACUGGUGGCUCCGAAAUGAAUCCUCCUUCUCCACCAAGCCAACCGAGAACACGAAAAUUGUCAAAAUCAUCAGAAGAUAUCGAGACUUUGGAUAACUUUUGUACCAAAAAUUUGGGGAAUACAAGUAGUGCUUCUUGUGCCGCACUUUCUGGUUUACCUUCAGAAGAAAAUCUACUCACCGACGAUUCACAGGAAACACAAUCAUCAUCAAUCAAAUCUUCGUCUACUCUUCAAAUAAGUUCAGUUAAGAUGAAACAAUCUCACAGUGAGAUGGCUCUUGGUCAAGAUAAUCGAUUGGCACUAAAUAUUAACAAUUCUUCAAAUGCAUCGGCAAAUCCACUUUCGUCGCCAAUUUUGAUGAAAAAAGAUCUCAUCUUAUCGCCCAUUUCACGAAUAGCUAAGGGCGUACAUUCCUUCGGACUCAAUCUAAGGUCACACUAUUCUAGUGAAACAGCUAAUACCCAAGCGUUUGAUCCCAAAUCGUGUGGAAAAAAUUACGAAAAAACAACAAUUAUUUUCAUCUAAUCAGCACAGUGUGUUCAGUGAACACCAUGGAACAAAAAAUCAAGAUUUAAAAUUGACUCACCUAAAAAUCAAAAGUCUAUGAUUAACUUAUUGUCUCCCAAUUACUAUCCUAAUUAUCAUCAUUAAUUUAAAUCAUCUUUCAUUCAAAUCAAAUUCACAAUUCCAAUGAAUAUAACGCUUAAUUGUCUCAUCUUUCUGUAAAAUUUGCUACCUUUAAUUUUUUCCUGGUUGUUUUUGUUUUUUCCUUGAUUUCCAAAUCGUUUGAUCCCCUGUAAAGAUAAUUACUUAUCUUGAUGAGAAUCUCAAAUUUAUGAACAGACACAAUUACCUAAGAAAAAAAUCAUUUUCUCUAAUAAGUGUAAUAAGGAGAAGCGAAACCGAAUCCUUGAGGCGUUUUGUUAAUUAAACAAUGACAGAUUUUACUAUCAACCAUAA